GGGAAAGCAGACAACCAUUGGCAGGUGCACUAAAAUGCCAUUUCAAAACAUGGGCGCCAUCGAACGGAAGGCAGCCUGCGAUGGACCGUAGAAACCCUCCUCUGCACCACACUCAAUCCCCCCCACCGUUUCUUCCUAAACUCUCUCUAAAACCUCCCUCCCUCCCUCCCUCCCUCUUCGUCCUCAUUCUCGCGUCGACAGAGACCCUAACUUUCAGCUGCCGGCUGCUCAAUCUCUCUCUCUCUCUCUGUCCGAGAUUGGUUCUUCGUCGGUUUGCAUCUUCUUUUCGUUUAAGCGAUUAAUUGGACUGGUGGCUCAAAAUAUGUCUUUGCGCUUCUCCUUGUAAAAAUAUCAACAUCUAACAAUGGCUUCUAGAGCACUUUUGCGAAGGAAGAGAUUUGUUUUUGAUUACCUGAACAACUCUACUGGUCUGAUUUCAAGUUUUCAAAUUCUGGGUCAUGGGAAAUAUGUUCAGUCUGUGGAUUCACAAGGCCAAAGUGCUGUUACGAAUCAUCCUUCUGCAUAUUUUAGUUGCAUAAAGGAUGCUGCUGCAUUUUCAGUGACUAAAGAGUAUACACGUGUUUCAGAUUUUGGACUUUGCAGGCAUAGAUAUAAUGGAUUUUCAUUGUCUGGCCAUAGAAAUGUUGGAUCAGAAUUUAUUGCACCAAUGGGAAUCAGGUUGAUAUCUCACUCUAUAAGGUAUGCUUCCACAGCCACUGCAGGCCAGCCUGAAUUUGGCAGUGACGAUGAGGAAAGAGAAGAACUGGUGGCUAAAAAGAAAAAGGAAGCUUCUCCAGAGGAAUGUGAUCAAGCUGUUGAAGGUUUGAGUAGUGCAAAAGCCAAAGCAAAGGCCAAAAAGUUGCAAGAGUCUCAAAAGGUUGCUAAAACCAUUUUAGAGAGAGUGUGGGCCACUCUUUUAGGGAUUGGUCCUGCUUUGAGAGCUGUAGCUUCUAUGAGCAGGGAAGAUUGGUCCAAGAAGCUCCACCACUGGAACGAUGAAAUUGUGUCAACUCUGCAACAUUAUUGGUUGGGUUUUAAGCUACUGUGGGCCGAUGUGAGGAUUAGUUCAAGACUGCUGUUAAAACUUGCUGGUGGGAAGAGUCUCUCUCGUAGGGAGAGGCAGCAGCUGACACGAACUACGGCUGAUAUUUUCAGGCUAGUUCCUUUUGCGGUUUUUAUCAUAGUUCCCUUCAUGGAAUUUUUGCUGCCAGUAUUCUUGAAAUUAUUCCCCAACAUGCUGCCUUCAACCUUUCAAGACAAAAUGAAAGAACAGGAAGCAUUGAAAAGAAGGCUAAAUGCAAGAAUAGUAUAUGCGAAGUUUCUUCAAGACACAGUGAAGGAAAUGGCAAAGGAAAUCCAGAACUCUAGGAGUGGAGAAAUCAAGAAAACUGCUGAAGAUCUUGAUGGAUUUCUGAACAGGGUUAGAACAGGCGCUCGUGUCUCAAAUGAUGAAAUUUUGGGCUUUGCGAAGUUGUUUAAUGAUGAACUUACUUUAGAUAAUAUUAGCAGGCCUCGAGUAGUGAAUAUGUGCAAAUACAUGGGAAUCAGCCCUUUCGGAACAGAUGCAUAUUUGCGUUAUAUGCUCCGAAAAAGACUCCAACGAAUUAAGAAUGAUGACAAAUUGAUUCAAUUGGAGGGUGUGGAGUCCCUUUCAGAAGCUGAACUCCGUGAAGAUUGUCGAGAGAGAGGCAUGCUUGGAUUACUGUCAGUGGAAGAGAUGCGUCAACAGCUCAAGGAUUGGUUGGAUUUGUCUCUUAAUCAUUCUGUCCCAUCUUCCCUUUUGAUCCUUUCCAGAGCCUUCACAGUCUCUGGAAAGCUUAGGCCAGAGGAAGCUGUUCAAGCUACACUGUCCUCUCUGCCUGAUGAAGUUGUGGAUACAGUUGGUGUUACAUCUUUGCCAUCUGAAGAUUCUGUUUCUGAAAGGAGGAGAAAAUUAGAGUUCCUUGAAAUGCAGGAAGAACUCAUCAAGGAGGAAGAAGAGAAAGAGGAAGAAGAUCAAACCAGGAUGAAGGAAUCUGUAGUUAGUCAAGAGGAUGUAGCUUUGAAAGAGAUGAUUACCUCAACAGCCAGAGAAGCACAAGAACGAGUUAGAGAAAUAACAUUGGAAAAACAAGAGCAGCUUUGUGAACUCAGCCGUGCAUUGGCUGUUUUAGCUUCAGCAUCUUCAGUGAGUCAAGAGCGCGAAGAGUUCCUGAGGCUUGUCAAUAAAGAGAUAGAACUGUAUAACAGCAUGGUGGAGAAAGAGGGUACAGCCGGUGAACAAGAUAUAAUGAAGGCAUACAGAGCUGCCCGAGAGGAAAGUGAGGAUGCUGCUGAAGUGGCUGUUAGCGAUGAGGUUUCAUCUGCACUUAUAGAGAGGGUUGAUGCUAUGCUUCAAAACCUUGAGAGGGAAAUUGAUGAUGUGGAUGCAAAAAUUGGUGAUCGCUGGCGACUACUUGACAGGGAUCAUGAUGGGAAAGUAACUCCUGAGGAGGUGGCAGCUGCAGCUAUGUAUUUGAAGGAUACAUUGGGCAAGGACGGCAUCCAAGAACUGAUAAGCAAUCUUUCCAAAGAUAGAGAUGGGAAAAUUCUUGUUGAGGACAUCGUCAAACUGGGCAGUCGAAUAGAGGAUGCCAGUGCCGCCGAAGCCCAGAGAAUGUAAAUGACAGUGUUCCAGUAAUGCCUUAAUUUUUAAUUUGCUACUGCCUUGUACCUUUUCCUAGUGAAUCGACAAUCAGUUACUGGCUAAUUAUGACCUGGGCACCCUGAGAAUUGGCUCCUGAAUCAGUUUCAUGACUUAUAUUACUACCAGCAGAAUUUUUUUUAGGCAUUGGUAUAGUCCAUUGUCCAGAGGUUGUGAUUUUUCUAUGGUUCAUAUAUUAAAAUCAAUUUUAUUUUUUGAUCAGUAAUAAUUAUACAAGGAAUUUUCCCGCUAGUGCUGUAAAAUAAGGUACGCUUAGAGAUCAAAAUUGAGAUCUAAUGGUACUCUUUAAGUUUUGUGACUUGGAUCUAUGUAAAGGAAAUUCUAAGAGAUUUAUCAUGAAAUAAUUCAAAAUGGGAAACUUAUGCC